AUGAAUGUAUUAAAGAAAACCAAAAUAUUAUAUGCAAAUAACACAUUUUUCCCUUUAAAGUACGCAAAUUUUAAAUCAAACUUUUCUAGCAUAGAUUUUAAUUAUAAAAAUACUAAGAAAAAAAAGGAUUAUAGUAGGAAGAAUAAGAUAAAAUGCAUUUUUGAUCACAGUUUAAAUGUAUAUGACAGACUAAUAAUAUUUAAAAAUUUACAGAAGGACAAACCUGUUAAAGAUGGUGAAAAACUUAACAAUAAAUUAUUAUAUACAUACUUGUUAAAUGAAUACAAAAAAUCCUUUGAUUAUAUUAGUUUUAGCCAGAUUGUACAAAGCAUGCAAAUAUUUGCAGAACUUGAAAAAAAAUGCGAUGAUUGUGAUUUCUUUAUAUCAGCAACAAAUUUAGAUAAAAAUGAUUUAUGUAGAAUACGUGAAUUUGAAUUCAGUGACAAGGGUUUACACUUUCAUAGAAGAGAACUCCUAGGAAAAAUUUGCAAUAAAUUUAUUAAGCAAGUGCAUGAAAUGAAUGGAAACGACUUAAUUAACUUUAUCAUUUUCUUUUAUAAAUGGAAUAAAGAUGACAGAAGGUUAAUUUUUUUUUAUAACUUUUAUUUUAACCAUGUCUUUGAUAAUUUAUAUCUUUUAAACCAUAACAUAUAUAAAAUUUUGUUUAUAUUAAAUACAUAUGCCACUAAUAAUGGUUCAAACAUGCUUUUUGAUAAAUCAUUAAUAAAGGAAAAUGAAUUUAAUGUAUAUUAUUUUAAAGAAUUAAAAAAAAUAGAUAAUUAUGCAAUUAAAAUGAGCAAAGAAGAAAUUUACAACAAAUGCUAUCUGAAGGUAUAUGAUAAUAUAGAUAAAAUUGAGAAUAACAAAAUAUUAAACAUUCUAAAGUUAUAUAUAGAUAAUUCAAUUUUAAACAUUAAUAUAGAUAAAAAAAUUAUAAAGAUUCUUCAUAAGAAUUUAAUGAAUGAAAAUAUAGGAUAUCUUGCAAAACUGUUGAAGAUAUAUUGUACCAUGAUAAAGGCAGAGAAAUGUGAUAAUACUUCAAUAGUUUCUAAAUCAAAAGAAGUCAUUUUAUGCAUAUCAGAAAAUUUAAAACAGAAAACAAACAAUGAAAGUGUAUUAUGUGAUAUAAAUUACAGUACAUUAUUGAAUUCAAUAAAUAAUAAGUAUAUUUUAAGUAAACUUGUUGACAAUAAUUUUUCCUUAUUUUAUGAACUCUUGUUAAAGUCAUUCUUCAACAUUAAAUUUCAAAAUCUUCAGUUUCUUUCAAUUUCACUGAUUUCUAUAAAAAAUAUAUAUUUUACUUUAUCAAAGAAUAUAUGUUAUACUAACACAUCGUUAUUUUUUUCUGUUAUGAAAAUGGGCUUAAACAUGUGUAAUAAUUUGUUAGAAGAUUAUAUCAGAAUGAAAAAUAAAAAUGCAAUAUAUAUUAUAUCACAUGAUAAGACCAUAGACAAUCAUGUAAAGUCAAAAGAUAACAAUAAAGAAGGAAAUGUGUCAAAAAGAAGUAAUAGUUAUUUUUAUAAAAUAGAAAAUUAUGAUGAUUUUAUAUUUAAAUUAAAAGCUAAUGAUUUGUUAUAUGUUAAAAUAUUGUCUAAUUCCUUUGUAAAAAUAAAUAAAUUGUACAGCUCAUACGAUUUUUACUUAUUAUUCAAUAAUAUAUCAUGCAUUUUAUAUUAUUUUAUAAUAAACAAUGAUGUGAUAAAAAAGUUUAAUGAUACAUAUAUAUACAUUUUAAAUGAUCUAUCUUUUGUCUAUAAAAAUAUAAAAAGUGAAAGUUCAGAUGCAAAUGUAAUUUUAAAUAAAGUUAAAGAAGUGGUAUAUAAAAAUGUUUUAAAAGUUAGUAACCUAUAUAUUCAAAAUAUGAAAGAAGAAAAUAAAUUUUUAAAGGAGCAAUAUGUAUGUUUUUUAAUUUUUUUAAACAAUAUAUUUUUUGAUAGAAUUAUUCAUUUUGAUUAUAUAAAGAAUAUCUGGUGCCAUGUUUAUAAUGCAUAUACUUAUUUCAAACAUAAUCAAAUGAUAAAUGAAGACAUAAUUGCUUUACUUUUAUUAACAUGCUCUAAGUUUCAAUUUUUUAUUGAAAAUAAUUCAAAUAGUAGGUAUAAUAGAAAAGAGCUAUUGGAUUUAAAAUAUAACAUCAUUGAUGAUUUGACUAUAAAUUAUUUACAAAAGUACAAAUAUAUUUCUUUAGAUAAUUUAUCUAAAAUUUUAAUAUCAUUAUCAAAUUUGAAAUACAGAUAUAAAAUAUAUGAACCCCUAUUAUUAAAAAGUUUGGAAAAUGAAAUUAUAAGAAUUUGUCCCGAAGCCCAAAAUACCAAUUUUUUAGACACGUCAAAUCAUACUAGUUCAAAUAUAAAUUUAGAAAAUAUUCGUAAUGAGCAUAUAAAACAACAUUUAUUUGUAAAUAUGAGCAAAGUUAUUGAAUGCUUAAUAAAGUUAGAUAUGUUUUUAUAUUUAAAAGAGAAAAAUGUGUACUUAGAUUUGUUUAAAAACACAUUUUGCAAUGUAUACAUAAAAAAAAAUUUAUUAAAAAAAAUACUUUAUAUAGCCAAUAAUUUGUACUUAUAUAAUUUUUAUUCAUAUGCCUGUAAUAUCUUAGAUUUUUUUUUAAAAAAUGACGAAAUUUCUUAUAAUUUUAAUAAAAAUGUAGAAAAUAAAAUAUUUGAAAAAAUUGCAUGUUAUAUAUCAGAAGAUGAUUAUAUUGAAAUUUCUAACACAGCAUUUGUAUUUUUUUAUGAUUAUUUGCAAAUAAUAAAUAAUGAAAAGUAUCAAACGGUUUUAAAUUAUCCCCAAAAAUGGAGUACCAAUUAUAGUGAAAUAGAACACAAGGACGAUUUACAAAAUACUACAAAUGCUUAUUUUGAAACUACAGAUAAAUACAAUGAAGAACAAACAGAUUGUAACGAAUGGGCAAGGAAUAAUAGCAUGUUAAAAACGAGUGUUAAACAUAAUAUAAGUCUUGAUAUAAUGAAUUUAUUUAGAUUUUUAAAGGUUGAUAGAAAAAAAAUAAUAUUGUUUCAAUUAUAUUUAUAUCUUUCUAAUAUAAAAAAGAUCAAAGAAACUAAUACAACAUCUUCUAUGUUCCAUUUACAAGUAUUGACAGUUUUAAAGAACAUGAAUCCAAAGUAUUUAUGUGUGGAAAAUUAUAAAAUAAAAAAUGAACAAGGUACUUUUUUGUAUACCAUUGAUAUAGUGCUGUUCAAAGCAAAUAUUUUCAAAAAAUUAUAG